CGGGACAUCCGGGGCACAGGAGGAGAGGACGAGGCGGGCGGAGGGGCGCGGCCGGCCACGCAGCCGGGCCCCGGCGGGGGCAGAGAGCGCGCGUGGCGCACCCGCUGCGGCCCCGCCUCCUCCCCGUAGAACCCCGGCGGCCGCUGAGGCCUCUGGGAAAUGUAGGCGCGGGGCAGGGGGCGCGCAGCCCGAGCGGGAGCGUCAUCAUCCGGGAGCUGCCGGCCUCGCCGCCAUGGACGCCUUGUACAGCAGCGGAGUUCUGUUUGCCGAGAGGCUGCAGACCGGGCCGCCCUGGCUGGAGAGGUUCUGGCUUUGGGUGACCUGCCUGGCCGAUCCCAAAUGUAUCUUCAUCGUCUUUUUCCCCCUGGCGUAUUUUCUGGACCGGAAGGUCGGGGUGGCAGUGCUGUGGAUCGGUUUAAUCUCCGAGUGGCUCAAUAUAGUGGCUAAAUGGUUCUUGUUUGGUGAACGGCCAUUCUGGUGGGUCUAUGAAUCUGGGCUCUCCAGCAAGGAAAAGGUCCUGCUUCGCCAGUUCCCUGUCUCCUGUGAAACAGGGCCAGGUAGCCCCUCCGGCCAUUGCAUGAUCACAGGGGCAGCCUUGUGGCCCAUCGCCACUGCUCUCACAGCAUUGGCAUCCCAGCACUCCACUAGCAGCUGGCUGGUGAAGCUAACCCCCUUCGUGGUCUACUUUUGCCUCCUGCUGGCUGUGGGGCUCUCACGCAUCUUCAUCCUGGCGCACUUCCCCCACCAGGUGUUGGGCGGCAUUGUGGCUGGAGCCGCCCUGGGCUGGAUGCUGGAGGCCCGCGUCCCCGCAGAGAGGAAGCUGAGUUUCUACCUUGCCACUUCGCUGGCCCUGCUGCUGGGCGCCAUUGGGCUGUACUGGAGCAUGGUCGCUCUUGGCGUGGACAUCGACUGGUCAAUUCACCUGGCCACUAAGUGGUGCUUGAACCCGGAGUGGAUCCGCGUAGACACGAGGCCCUUCGCGUCGCUGUGCCGGGACACAGCCUCAGCCUUGGGCCUGGGGCUGGCCACCCACUCCUCCCUCUACGCCCAGCUGAGGCACGAGAGACCCGGCUGGAAGCAGCGAGCCGCGGGUGCCGGCCUGGCCCUCGCCACCCUUCAGGGCCUGAACAACACGGCGCAGCCGGAGAAGGUCGGCCUGUGGUAUGGCCUGAACUUUCUGAAAUACGCCAGCUUCCCAUGGGUGGUGGUGGCGCUUGUUCCAUGGCUGGUCCGGUCACUCCCUCUCACGCAGACCCGGCCACGCUCCGAGUAGCACGUCCGGUGCAUCAGUGACCCACACAGACGGUGGGUCACUCACCCUAGGGGGCGUGGCUGGAACUACCCGCAGGCAUGUAAACUAAAUCUCCCAGCAAGUAGCAGCAUCCAUCCUCCCAGCCUCCAGUGUCAUUAGAUGCAACAGAGGCCAAAUGCUGUUCUCCCGUCUGCUGGUUCAGCCCCAUGUGUCAGUGCGGCUGUGCAUGAGAGCAGCUGGCUCUGGGCUAGAGGAGGAUUGCAUUGGCUAGAACACCUUGCUGGAAAGCUCAGUUACUUAGCCCUGCUUUGGCUAAUGCAGGUUCUCUUCUGGCUUAGAUGGGGCCUCAUGUGAGAAGGAUCCAAAUAAACCAGCAGCUUGAAUCUGGCCUCUUGAGCAUUAGCAUCAAGGAGGUUUAUCUGUGCUGGGAGAAAGGGGUCUUGGGUAAGACCCUAAAACGAGGCAAUGUGUCGCAAGGUGGGCUGUUUGGAGGACUAGCUGGCCCCCUGUGGCUCCAACAUUGGUAGCUUCCUGUCUGGACUGCAGAGAAACUGUUCUGGCUGGUACUGAAGACCUCGUCCUGGGCAUCCAAUGGUUGGGACAGUUGUGUGUGAAUGCAAAGGGUGCAUCCGCACUAGAAAAUGUGGUACUCUAUUCUCCAGCUGCAUUGCGACUACCAUAGGCUCCUAGAAAUAUGGGUCUGGAAGGGACCUCAAGGGGUCAUCUAGUCCAGUGUUUCUCAGCCUUUUUGAUACCAGGGACCAUCUUGCUGCCUUCUUAAAGUCAGGGAGCUCUCAGGGACUGGCACCAGUCCAUGGACCGGGCAUUGAGAAACACUGAUCUAGUCCAGUCCCCCGUGCUCAGAGAGGACCAAGUACGCCUAGACCAUCUCUGAUAGGCAUUUGUCCAACCUGUUCUUAAAAAUCUCCAAUGAUGGGGUUCCACAACCUCCCUUGGAAGCCUGUUCCAGAGCUCCACUACCCUGAGAGUUAGAAAGCUUUCCCUAAUAUCUAACCUUAAUCUCCCUGGCUGCAGAUGCAGCCAUCACUUCUUGUCCUACCUUCCGUGGACAUGGAGAACAGUGGAUCCCCAUCCUCUUUGUAACAGCCCUUGACAUAUUUGAUGACUGUUGUCCGGUCUCGCCUCAGUCUUCUUUUCGCAAGACUAAACUUUCUCAGUUUUUUUUAACCUUUCCUCACAGGUCAGGUUUUCUAAACCUUUGAUCGUUUUUGUUGCUCUCCUCUGGAUUCUGUUUUGUUUGACCACAUCUUUCAUAAAGCGUGGCACCCAAAACGGGACACAGCACUCCAGCUGAGACCUCGGCAGUCCUGAGAAGAGCAGGGCGGUUACUUCCCCUGUCGUACGUACGACACUCCUGUUACUACAGCCCGGAAUGAUAUUAGCCUUUUUCACAACUGCAUCACCUUGUGGCUUCAUAUUCAAUGUGUGAGUCACGAUUGCUCCUUUCCAGCAGUACGGCCACCUAGCCAACUACUCCCCAUUUUGUAGCUGUGCAUUUGCUUUUUUCCGUCCGAAGUGAAGUACUUUGCACUUGUCUUUAUUGAGUUUCAGCUUGUUGAUUUCAGAUCAAAGUCACUGAUUUAACAAGGUCCUUUUGAAUUCUAAGCCUGUCCUCCGAAGGGCUUGGCCCCUUGCUCCCAGCUUAGUGUCAGCUACAACUUUUAUAAGCGAAUGCUGCACUCCACUAUCAGAGACACAGGUACUGGCCCUAGGACAGACGCCUGCAGGACCCCACUAUACAUCCUCCCGGUUUGACAGCAAGCCAUUGAUAACUACUCUUUGACUUCAGGCUUUUAACCAGUUUUGCACCCACCAUAUAGUAAUUUCAUCUACCCCACAUCUUCCUAGUUUGCUUACGAGACUGUCAUGCAUGACUGUGUCAAAAGCCUUCCUAAAAUCAAUAUAUAUCACGUCUAAUGCACCCUCGCUGUUCACUAGGCCAGUACCCCUGUCGAAGAAGGAAAGGAGGUUGGUUUGGCAGGAUUUGUUCUUGACAAAUCCAUGCUGGCUAGGCCUCAUCCUCUAGCUGCUUCCAAUUUGAUUGUUUAGUACGUUGCCUCUUUCCAGCUAUGGUCUCUAGACUAACAUCUAGCGCAUUGCUAGAGCGUUUCAGAAGCAGAUCUCAGAGCCCUUUAUGAAAGACCAAGUCGUCAUCCCCAUUUUUCAAGCUAGGGAAACUGAGGCCCAGAGCCGUGAAGUGACUUGCCCAAGGUUACCCAGUAGACUAGUGGCAGAGCUGGGAAUGGAACCCAGGGCUCCUGACUCUCCAGUCACUCUCUAGCUGGUAGGCCACACUGCCAGGAAACUAGCAACGUUGUUAAGUGCUGGUGCAGACUAGCUGGAAACCGGGGAUCAGUUGUGCUGGUGGAAACCAGGCCAAGGUGUUGGACAAGGUCACGGUGCCCCAAGCAGUGUCUCAUCACUUAGCCUUGACAGGGCCAAAGGCCUUGAGUGACAAGGCCACAGGCCAACCUCCCUCCGGUGGUAGCGGCACUUACAGGCUGUAGCUAAAAUGCUUCUGUUCGCGUAUGUUGUCUGUGUCAUUGCAAAUCCUCUGUGACUUGAAACAUUAGGGGGAGAGGGGGAUGAUUGUGUGUGGGGAGGGGGAAGUGAUUCAGCCAUGUGUCUGGCCAGCGCCUGGCACAGCAGGGGCCUGGUCCGUGACUGGGGUGCCCAGGUGCUACAGGGUAACGGCCAAGUGCUGGCUGCGCGUAUUUAUUCCUGGUGUUGAGAACCAAAUAAAGGACCCUGGAACUGCC